AUGAAAGCCUUAGUAGCAUUAACCCUCGUCUUGGCCCUCAGCACAGCCAAUGCUGGUUUCUUGGAUAGUCUCCAUAACGUAUUUUCUUCCAUCAAAGAUAAUAUCUCUAAAGUCUAUACCUCAAUUGCCCCAGCACUUGGUCAAGCUGCCACUAACAUUCUUGGUGAACUGAAAAAAGAUGGAUCAUUGAUUUUAUCUAAAGGUGUAUCAGCUCUGGCUGGUUCUCUUGGAAGUUCCAAAAGAGAUCUUGAAAUUGGACAAUUUAUCCAAAAGGGAGAACAAGCUAUUGGUCAACUCAGUGAACUCGUUGGAAACAUUUUCAACAAAGCUUUAACUGGACUUACCAAAGUUGCCCAAGAACUCGGAAGUGUCCAUAUCUUCAACUUACCUUUAUCCGAUAUCAUCAGCAAAAUCGAAAACAUCGUUGCCAACCACAACAUCCUCCAAGGAAGUAUCUUGAAACAAUUGAUUGAACAUCCAGCUGAUAUCUUAACUGAAGCCGUUCAACACGUCAUGGGAGCUUUGUCUCACCACAAGAGAAGUGCAGUCCUUGAUUCCUUGAAGAGCAUUGGAUCUCAAAUCGCUGGACAAUUUACCCCAUUCAUCAAUACUGUUACCCAACACAUCACCAAUAUCGGAUCAGCCCUUAAGAAUGUUGGAUCUACCCUUCUUGGUGCCAUUAAACCAAGCAUUGAUGCUUUGAAAGGUAAACUCAGCACCCACAUCGAUACCUUGAAAAAUGUCGGAACCACACUUUUGGGACAUGGAAAGAACGCCAUCAGCGCUCUUACUGAUGCUGUUACAGAUAUCUUAGGUCAAACCUUCAAGAACGCUCAACCAACCAUCCAAAAAGCUGUUGAAACCGCCAAGGAUGCCGGUAGUGUUGCUCUUAACCACCUUACCAGCACUUUGACUGGAGGCAACUAA